GCUAUCGAUCCUCAGUCCCCGCGAAAAACGAAUUAAAAAGAGAACUUAUCUUUUUAUUUUAUUUUAUUUUUCAUUUUCAUAUCUAUAUAUUUUCCUUCUAGGGUUCCGUUUUACCGCCCUCUACAUAUGGCCGACGUAAUAAACAUGCCGGUUGAUUCCUUCGACCACCGACGUGGCGGAGGCGGCGACCGUAAAGACAAUGAAAACAGCAAUGACAACAGACAGCCUCCGCCAUCCGACGAUCCCAACUCCUCUCCCCCAUCGCCGCCUCCCCCUCGACGCCGAGAGCGAGACUCACGCGAGCGACGGGACCGCGACUUCUACGAUCGCAACCGCUCUUCUCCACCUCCACUCACCAGAGACAGAGAUUACAAGCGGCGCAGUAGCAUGAGCCCUCCUCCACCGCCGUUUUAUAGGGAUAGGAUACACUCGCCUCCGCCGCGGAGGUCUCCACCUUAUAAGAGGUCUAGGCGGGAGGAUGGUGGGUACAGAGGGAGGAGAGGGAGCCCUAGAGGAGGAUUUGGACCUGGAGAUAGAAGGCUUGGGUACGACUAUGGUGGUGGAUAUGAUCGUGAGGUGAUGGGAAGGGCUGGUCUCCCCGAAGAAAGGCCUCCUGGCAGAUACUUUGGCCGUUCUUCUGGUGGCUAUCAAGAUUGGGAUUCUGGCCGUGGUUAUGUUGAUGCCUCCAGUUCGAGGAGUAUUCAAAGAGAAGGAUUGAUGUCAUACAAACAAUUCAUUCAAGAGCUCGAGGAUGAUAUACUGCCUGCUGAAGCUGAGCGCAGGUACCAAGAAUACAAGUCAGAGUAUAUAUCUACCCAGAAACAAGCCUAUUUUGACGCUCACAAAGAUGAGGACUGGUUGAGAGACAAAUAUCAUCCAACAAAUUUGGUAACUGUUAUAGAAAGGAGAAAUGAGCUUGCUUGUAAAGUUGCCAAGGACUUUUUGCUUGAUCUGCAGAGUGGAACGCUCGACUUAAGUCCUGCUGGCAAUUCCUUAUCAUCAAAUAAACCAGGACAGACCAGUGAUCCUAUUUCUGAAGAUGAAGCAGACAUUGGUGGCAAAAGAAAGCGGAAUGCUAGGGGUCCUGCUAAAGAAACUGACCUUUCUGCUGCUCCAAGGGCUCACCCAAUCAGUUCUGAUCCAAGAAGAAUUCAGAUUGACAUUGAACAAGCACAGAGCCUUGUGCAUAAACUGGACUCUGAAAAAGGAAUCAAGGAAAAUAUUCUUAGUGGACCUGAAAACCAAAUAAAUAGAGAUAAACCUCAUGGUAGUUCCACUGGCCCAGUGAUUAUUGUGCGUGGCUUGACCUCUGUGAAAGGACUUGAAGGUGUAGAGCUUCUGGAAACACUCUUAGCUUACUUGUGGCGUGUCCAUGGCUUGGAUUAUUAUGGAAUGAUUGAAACAAGUGAACCUAAGGGUCUUAGGCAUGUGAGAGAAAAGGGGAAGGGUUCUGAUGUGACUAGCAAUGGAUCUGAGUGGGAAAAGAAACUCGACACACGCUGGCAAGAGAGGUUGAAGGGUCAAGAUCCUUUGGAAUUAAUGACUGCUAAGGAAAAAAUAGAUGCUGCUGCUGUUGAAGCUUUGGAUCCUUUUGUCCGAAAAAUCAGGGAUGAAAAGUAUGGUUGGAAGUAUGGUUGUGGUGCUAAGGGUUGCACAAAGCUCUUUCAUGCUGUGGAGUUUGUGCACAAGCAUCUUAAACUCAAACACCUGGAGCUUGUGAUGGAGCUAACAUCUAAAGUGCGUGAAGAGCUUUAUUUCCAGAACUACAUGAAUGAUCCAGACGCACCUGGUGGGACACCUGUAAUGCAGCAAUCUGUACCAAAAGGCAGGUCUCUGAGACGUCAAAUGUUGGAAAAUCGUUUGAAAGAUGAGCGUGGCUCCCGUAGAGAACGUGAUAACCGAGGGAACGGAAGUGAUAGAUAUGAUAAGUCUGAGAACCCUCAAUCAAGUGAUUUUCCAUCCAACAAUGACGGAUCUGAUAGGGGAAAUCGUGAUGAUCUAAUGUUUGAUGCUUUUGGUGGACAAGGGGUGCAUGUUGCAACUUCAUUUUCUUCAGAUAUGGCACCUCCACCAGUAUUGAUGCCUGUUCCUGGUGCUGGUCCAUUGGGUCCCUUUGUUCCUGCUCCACCCGAACUUGCAAUGCAGGUGUUCAGAGAGCAGGGUGGUCCUCUUCCUUUCGAAGGCAAUAGUAGAAGUGGACGUCCUGCAGGGCCGGCGCCCUUUCUUUUGCCUGCUGCUGGCUUCCGGCAGGAUCCUCGGCGUUUACGAAGUUAUCAAGACCUAGAUGCACCCGAGGAUGAAGUGACGGUUAUAGACUACAGGAGCUUGUAGGUUGGGGAAAUGC